UUUAUCCUACUGUAGAAGGUUGGAACUUGGAAUCAUUAAGCUAAGUUGGUUAAACUUUCUGGUUAACAUUUUCUGUUUAAAAGAAGAUGGGUGAGUUUGCAAAACUGAAGUGUAAUGAUUAUGAUGGAAGUUGAGAGAAGUGGAGGAAAGUUAUACAAAAAUGAUAAAAGAAUACAUUUCAUAUGAUGGUCUUGUAUGUAAAUAUCGUAUGAAGUGAGAUGGUAACUAAGAAUGAAUGGAAAAUUAGUUGUAUGGUUUUCGAAUGAAGAGUAAAAUGUUGUGAUUGAACACUAUCAUAUUGGUCAUUUAGCUUGGAUUUAGUGCGUUACUUUGUUCAAACUUCUAAGUACAAUGUAAGUAAGAGGUUUAGUGAGAAAGUAUGAAGAAAAGAUUGUCUUUUUUUUUUUUUUGCCAAUCGAUCACUCUUAAAAAGAGGAAAAUCCACGAUCCCAGAUUACAAAGAACCUAUCGACUAUUGAACCAUAAAACAUAAUCAAACCCCUUAUGAAAGCGAGGUGACAACAACAGAGCAUGACGAGCUACUGAAUGAGCCACUCUGAAGAAAAAAUUGUCAAAAAAGCAUUCGGGACCGAUAAGCCCACGGCCCAUCAAUCGCUCCAAGCCCAAAACCCUAUUAUCAGGUUCCUUUCCCGUUUCCGUUCGCAAUCCCCUUUUAUCCAAAACCCAAAUUUCCCGAUAACCAUUUCUUCUUCCUUCUUUCCUCGAUCCGCAACAAUGGCGGCAACGACGCUGACACUAUCCUCCUCUUCCUCCUCCGCCGUCUCUUCCAUUUCUCUCCACAACCCAACUCCCCGUUUCUUCCUCCUCAACAAACCCGCCAACAGUAAGCUCUUUCUCUCCUCCCUCUCCCGCCUGUCCCUCUCAUCCACCGGCACGACGACGACGAUUACCGCUCCUCGCUCCAAUCCGGGCGAAAUCGACACUUCAUUCUUCGACGACGAAUUCGCAUCCGAGGAGGAAAUUGUCUUCGACCCUCCUACCCCGCCGGAAGGGUUCAUCGCCCCGCCGUACUUCGACGAGGGCCCGCCGGAGACCGAGGAUGAAAUCGCCGCCGCCUACGAGGAGCUCUACGGGCCGGCGUACAGCGGGGAGAGCUAUCUGGGCAAGGACAUUUACGUGAUGGAUUCGAAGGCGAAGAAGAUGACGGCGUUUGGGAAGGUGAAGAAGGAUAAGAUCAGAGACGGGUUCGAGGAGAGAGUGAUUCAGGUGCGGAGGGUGACGAAAGUGGUGAAAGGAGGGAAGCAAUUGCACUUCAGGGCGAUUGUGGUGGUUGGGGAUAAGCAAGGGCAGGUCGGGGUUGGCGUUGGCAAGGCUAAGGAAGUGAUUGGCGCUGUGCAGAAAUCCGCCAUUAAUGCCAGGAGGAACAUCAUCACUGUGCCUUUGACCAAAUACUCCACUUUCCCUCACAGAUCCGAUGGGAAAUACGGAGCAGCAAAUGUGAUGCUAAGGCCGGCCUCCCCCGGUACAGGAGUGAUUGCCGGAGGUGCAGUGAGAAUUGUGCUCGAAAUGGCUGGUGUGGAAAAUGCACUGGGAAAGCAGCUUGGAAGUAACAAUGCCCUCAACAACGCUAGAGCAACAGUCGUUGCAGUACAGAAAAUGAGGCAGUUCAGGGAUGUUGCUCGUGAGCGCGGCAUUCCAAUGGAGGAACUGUGGAAAUGAUGAAGAGACUGUAAUCUCCAUCUUGUAUCAUCUUUGAUUUUGUGCAGAGAGAGAAUUGGUCUGUACUCUGGCAGCUGAACAAAGUGUACUAAAAGAAGCACCAAAUUCAUUCCCUUCUCUUGAUCCGGAGUAAAAAACAUUGAUGGUA